AUGGAGAAAGCUGAAGAGAAACAAAAAGAUGCGAAAAAAGUGAAAAAGCUGAAAGACAUCAUGGAGAGUAGUUAUGGAUCAGCUCCAACAACUACUUCUGCACCUUCAACAACUAGUAAAAUGAGAAAAAAUGCUAGUGGGGCCAGAACUGAUCCUGGUUGGAAGCAUGGUUUAGAUAUGCAUGAUCGGAAAGUCAAGUGUAAAUUUUGUAACUCUGUAUGCUCUGGUGGGAUUUUCAGAUUCAAACAUCACUUAGCUCGCACACGUAAUAAUGUCGCGCCUUGUGAUAAAGUUCCCGAAAAUGUUAGGCUCGAAUUUUGUCGGUUAUUAGAAGAGAAUGAUAUGGUAACAAAGAAAAAGAGAGGUGCCUUUUCAACCAGUGAAGAUGAUGAGGUCUAUGAGAGGCAAGCUAGAGGAAGUAACUUGGAAAACAAUGUAACGAAAAAAGGAAAGGUUCAAAGCACAAUGAAUUCUAUUUUCAAGAAGGAAGAACGUGAAAGAGUUUGCCAACAAAUUGCAAGGUUUUUCUACACAAGUGCCAUCCCUUUUAACUGUGUAAAAAAUCCCGAGUUUCGAAAAAUGAUUGAAAUGAUUGGUGAAUUUGGGAGAGGCCUUAAUCCUCCUUCUUACCAUGAAAUACGAGUCACAAUGUUGAAAAAGGAAGUUGAUUACACCAAAUCAUUAAUGGAAGAUUACAAAAAGGAGUGGAAGAAGACCGGUUGCACACUUAUGAGUGAUGGAUGGAGUGAUCGAAAAAACCGGUCAAUAUGUAAUUUUCUUGUAAAUAGUCCUAGAGGAACUAUAUUUUUAGCAUCAAUCGACACAUCUGACAUUAUCAAGACGAAGGAGAAAGUAUUUGCAAUGUUAGAUGACUUUGUUGAAAAAAUAGGUGAAGAAAAUGUGGUUCAGGUGGUCACGGAUAAUGCUGCUAACUAUAAGGCUGCUGGGGAGAUGUUGAUGCAAAAGAGAAAGAAGCUGUUUUGGACACCAUGUGCAGCUCAUUGUAUAGAUCUAAUGUUGGAGGAUUUUGAGAAAAAGAUUGAAGAACAUAAGGUGACAAUUACAAAGGGAAGAAAGAUAACAAGUUUCAUCUAUAAUAGGUCACGACUAAUUUGCUUGUUGAAAGAGUUUACAAAAGGGAAAGAGCUCCUUAGGCCUGGAGCAACUAGAUUUGCCACAUCUUAUCUUACACUUGGUCGCUUGUUUGAGCUGAAAAGUGCAUUGAUCUCAUUUUUUGCAUCUGAAAAAUGGUUGUCUACUAACUAUGCAAGUACUGACACCGGAAAAGAUGUUGAGGAUAUAGUUAUGGACACUGCAGGAUUUUGGUCAUCAGUUAUCACAUGCCUUAGGGCUGCAAAACCCUUAAUGAAGGUUCUUCGAUUGGUUGAUUCAGAUUCUAAACCAGCUAUGGGCUUCAUUUACCAAGCCAUGGUAAAUGCAAAGAAAGAAAUUAAAGCAAACUUCAAAGAUAUCCAAACAAGGUAUGUACCUAUUUAUGAUAUCAUUGAUGAUAGAUGGUAUAAUCAGAUGAAUAGGGCACAACAUGUGGCGGGUUAUUACUUGAACCCACAGAUGCAAUAUAGUGAUGAUUUUGAGAAUAAUGGUUGGAUCAAAAGUGGAUUGUACAUGUGCCUAGAAAGAAUAUGUGGUGCUGAUGAGAACCUAGCGAAGACGAUUGAUUGUCAGUUUGAUCAAUUCACUAAUGCAAGAGGUCACUUUGGUCUUAAUGUAGCUAAGCUAACAAGGAAAGAAAAAUCACCGGUUGAUUGGUGGGAUUCCUAUGGAGAUGACACGCCCGAGUUGAAAAAUUUUGCAAUGAGAAUUUUGAGCUUGACAUGUUCUUCAUCUGGUUGUGAAAGGAAUUGGAGUGCCUUUGAGAUGGUACAUUCUAAGAGAAGAAACCGACUACAACAACAAAAGAUGAAUGAUCUUGUGUAUGUUAUGUACAAUUUGAAGCUGAAUGGAAGAGAUGAAAAUAAAGGAAAGGGGCAUGAUGGACUUGAGACAUUAAAUCUUGAUGAUGUUAGUUCUGACGAUGAAUGGAUUACUGAAGAACCGUCUUCUAUUCAUGAUGUAAAUGAUGAUGAUGAUUUUCUUGAAAGGGCUAUAAGAGAUCAAUUGUGUGCGGGUGAUCGAAGAGAUUUAGGAGAAGAUAUUUUGGAUUUAGAAGAGGAAGAUGAUUUGGAUGCACAAUUUGUUAUGUUAGACUAGAUUAAAUGGUAUUUGUGUUGACUAAUAUUUUGAAUUUAGAGGAGGAUGAUGAUCUGGAUGUAGUACUUUUUGUUAUCUUAUACUAGAUUAAAUGGUAGUUGUGUUGUGACCAAUGUUUUGAACUUUUUAUAGUUUUAGAAUGGAAAACUUGGUGUUGGA